AUGUUAAAGACGAAGAUGGUAAAAUUAGGUGUCCUUGCACGGUCUGUUCUAACGUCUGCAACUCCUACAGAGGAACAAGAAAUACCCACCCCUGCAGAAAGUGUUCAUGUUGCUCAUCAGGACACUGACCAAACAUCCGAAUAUGUAAAUGUGCUAGAAACUCAGCAUGUGGAGCUUCCUUCCGAUGACAUUGCAAUGGAUACUGAUGAAAUGGUUUGGAGCACAGAUGGAGAGGCAGGGAACCAGAGUCUACUUAAGGACCAACGUAUUCCGAAUAAGGUUCUGGAUACAAGUGACAAGAACAAGGAGAACCGUGAGAAGUGUGAGCUGAAGUCAACUUGUGGUUCUGCUCCCUUGGCAAAGUACAGAUUGGAAGAGUCUGGAAUGAAGGCCAAGGAGGCAGAGAAGUUGAGCAAAGGGGAGGAUGUGAACAAGUUUGCUAUUUAUGGAGAGGUGGUAGGCCAGCAACGAAGGAAGCGAGUGCUUGGGAUGGGUUGUGGGGUCAGUGGCCUGGAUGUGUUUGGCUCUACUUCAAGCCAAGGUUGCAGCAAAAAAUGCAAAGAGGAUCAAAGGAUAGAGAAGGAGAAGAGCGAUGAGAAUGAUGGAAUAAUAGAUCGAGCAGCAAUGACAUGGAUGAUGAUUAAGAAGUUGAUGGUGAGGAAGAAGAUAUCGACAGUGAAGAUGACGAUGAGGGUGAUGGGACAAACUGAUGAUGCAGUGGUCGACGUGCAAUGGAGGUCUGCAGCUAGGAGUGGUGUAUAUUCGUUGUAUUUUUUCCUUUGUUAG